AUGUCUCAAUUUCAAGAACAAUUAGAAAAUAUUCCUGGAUAUGGAAUUGCAAUGGAUAAAUUUAAUGAAUAUGCUGAAGAUCAUUGGAAUGUAGGAGUUGAUCCAUAUUAUGAUAAAAAAACUGGUAAAAAAUUAAAAUUACCAAAAGAUAUAACUACAAAAGAUGAACAAAAAUGUUGGAAUAAAAUUCAAUCAUUAGCUUGGCAACAUGAUAAAUGUAUGUUAGGAAGUUGUGGAAUUGGAAUGGAUUGUGGAUUAGGUUUAGUACCAUUUGUUGUGUUUUUUUUUCCAGUAUUAGGACCAUUAGUAAUGUAUGCAAUGCAUUCAAGAUUAAUUGCAAUAGCUGAAAAACAAUUUAAUUUACCAAAUAAAUUACAAGCUCAAUUACAAUCUAAUAUUGGAUUUGAUUUAUUAAUUACUUUUCCACCAGUUAUAGGUAGCUUUUUUGGUUGGUUACAUAGUUGUUCUACAAGAAAUGCAGGAUUAAUAUAUGCGUAUAUUGAUAAAAUGGCAAAACAAAGAGCAGAAAGUGGUAUGACUUACGGAGGUAGAGGUGUUACUGCUGGUAAUGCUGGAUUGAAUCAACAACAUUUUGGACAUGCUAAUCAAUUUCAACAACCAACUCAGCAACCACAACAAACACAACAAUCACAGCAACAUGCAAGAAAUGUACAAUACUCACAACCACAACAACCUCAACCAGCUUAUAAACAACAGAAACAACUGACAUUUACAGCAUUUCAAAAACUGAAAAAUCCUCGAGCGAAUGUAAAUAAUACUAUUGAAGUUGGUCAACAACAACAAUCUGGAUUUAUAUAG